AUGGUCGAGACGGAUUUGGACGAGGUUGUGCAGAUUGAGAACGUCUUUCUGAACGUGUCCAAAGGCCAAGUCGCGCCAAACGACGACCUGUCCAAGGCUUUUGGCACGACGGAUGUCGCCGAGAUUAUUCCCGAGAUCCUCAAGAAAGGCGAGCUGCAAGUCGGCGACAAGGAGCGCUCGCACGAGCUCACUAACCUCUGGCGCGAGAUUGCGACGCAGCUGGCGCAGUCUUGCGUCGAGCCCAGCAGCCAGAAGCCCUACACGGUCGGCAUGGUUGAAAAAGCUAUGAAGGACGUCCACUACAGUGUCAAGACUGGCAAGUCGGCCAAGAGCCAGGCGCUCGACGUCUUGAAACUGCUCCAGGCGAAAAAUACGAUCCCUAUUCAGCGCGCACGGAUGCGUGUGCGUGUGACGAUGCCGCCGAAAGAAGGCAAACGCCUUAAGGAGAAGUUGGUCGCACUCUUUGAAAACAUCGAGGACGAGGACUACUCGGACGAGUGGGAACUCGUUGGUACGAUCGAACCCGGCUCUCUGCGCCAGAUUAAUCUGCUGCUGGAGAACGAAGUCAAGGGCCAAGCCGGCUGCGAGACGCUCUCCUUCUCCGCCGUGAGCGACGACGAAGGGGACGAAGAAUGGCAGUAG